UGCUGGACUAGAGGAAGACUUAAAAGCUGCUUGUUUGGUACGUUGGUUUUAGUUAUUCGAAAUAUUUACGGUUAGGAGGAAGCUACACUAGAGGUUAUAACUUAUUCUCACCAAAAGAGUACAUUAUGUGUGACGACGACGUUGCAGCACUUGUAAUUGACAAUGGAUCUGGAAUGUGUAAGGCAGGCUUUGCAGGAGAUGAUGCUCCUCGUGCUGUAUUUCCAUCUAUUGUUGGUCGACCCAGACAUCAGGGUGUAAUGGUUGGUAUGGGUCAGAAGGAUAGUUAUGUAGGAGAUGAAGCCCAGAGUAAACGUGGUAUCCUCACACUGAAGUACCCAAUUGAACAUGGUAUCGUAACAAACUGGGAUGAUAUGGAGAAAAUUUGGCAUCACACUUUCUACAAUGAACUCCGUGUUGCUCCUGAAGAACAUCCUGUAUUAUUGACGGAAGCUCCUCUUAACCCCAAAGCCAACAGAGAAAAAAUGACCCAGAUUAUGUUUGAGACCUUCAACACUCCAGCCAUGUAUGUAGCCAUCCAAGCAGUACUUUCGCUGUAUGCUUCUGGUCGAACCACAGGUAUUGUGUUGGAUAGUGGUGAUGGUGUUUCUCACACUGUGCCCAUCUAUGAAGGUUAUGCUUUGCCACAUGCUAUUUUAAGGUUGGAUUUGGCUGGACGUGAUCUUACUGACUAUCUUAUGAAAAUCUUGACAGAGCGUGGUUACAGUUUCACUACUACAGCUGAGCGUGAAAUUGUACGUGAUAUUAAGGAAAAGCUGUGUUACGUAGCUCUGGAUUUUGAACAGGAGAUGGGUACUGCUGCUAAUUCAUCAUCUUUAGAGAAGUCGUAUGAACUCCCUGAUGGCCAGGUCAUCACAAUUGGAAAUGAAAGAUUCCGUUGUCCAGAAGCUACAUUUCAACCUUCUUUCCUUGGUAUGGAAUCUUGUGGUAUUCAUGAAACAACUUUCAACUCUAUCAUGAAGUGUGACGUUGAUAUCCGUAAGGACUUGUAUGCAAACACUGUACUGUCAGGUGGUAGCACUAUGUUCCCUGGCAUUGCUGACAGAAUGCAGAAAGAAAUCACAGCUUUAGCACCUAGCACUAUGAAAAUUAAGAUAAUUGCUCCCCCUGAGAGAAAAUACUCAGUUUGGAUUGGAGGUUCAAUCUUAGCUUCACUCUCUACAUUCCAGCAAAUGUGGAUCUCCAAGCAAGAGUAUGAUGAUUCUGGACCCAGUAUUGUUCACAGAAAAUGUUUCUAAAAUGCUUCUUCAUUUUGCAGUUAUGUUACAAAAAAUAUCAGGCAAAGAAUAAUCAGUGGGCUAAGACAAAUCUUUAAAAGAUGCUUUAUGUAACACUGAAUUAAAUUUGUAUUUGAAUUAUUUAAAUUUCCAUCAAAACUGAAGAGCUAAGUUUCUUUUGGUUGACAGUUUGCACAAUGCUUGUUUGUUCCAGAUAACUUUCUGCAUUCCAUAAAUAUGUUUAUAUUUGUGUACUUAAUUUAUUUUUAUUUUAUACUGUAAUGAUCUUCCUAAGUGGAAGGAUGUGUCUUUAAAAAGAGUUGUCUGUGUCUGGCUAAAAUAUUUGUAGAAUUGUACACAAUAUAUUAAUAAAUAUUCUAGUAAAUUUUUCUUGAUAUGCAUAAGUUGUCAUUUAGUUACUUUGAUAUAUCUAGUUAAAGUAUUUGAUAUAUGCAGUAUAAUAUGUUGUGCAAAUGUAUAUUUAUAAUUUUUGUGUAUGCGCACACACACACAUACACCAAUUAGUUAUGUUCACUAAAUGAUUAUAAAGACAUGCAGCAGGCCCAGUCAACUUGUAAGAUUUUUAUAUGAAUCUAUAAAAAUAGUAAACUGAAACGAACCUAGUAAUAUAGUUAAUUUAAAAAAUAAAGUGGGUAGGGAACCACAGAGUGAGAUCUAUUUGUUUUGAGUUUGUAUUAAUAAAUUUAAAUAAUAUUUUUCUAAUUUGUUAAUCUCAAAACACUGAGCUUCCUACCAAUAGGGAUGAUAAUUUUCUGCCAAUCAUUGAUUUCUGUUUUAAUGUCCACUGUUAUUCACAGUAGUUUGGGGAGAAGGGGGGGGGGGUAUUGCCUAUUUUACCAUUCCAUUAAAAAUUUAUCUUAAUUCAAUUUAAAGAUGGGAUGAAUUUAAAAAAUAACAAAUUUUACUGAGUGGCUAGAAAAAGUUUAUAUUUUGGUUAAAAACAAAUUUGGGUAUGACUGUUUGGAGAAAGCACUAGAAAUUACAUUUACUGUUGAGAGUAAAUGACAAGCAACAAAUUGAAACCGUGGAUAGUACUGAAAAAAAUGGCUGUUGUUAAGUCAUGGUUCUGAAAAGUUCAGAAAUUCCAGUUGUAAAUAAAAAAAAGAAAUUCAAUUUCAUUUCUGUUGGGGGUCACGUUUAAUGAACCAAAAGGGAAGUUCAGUCAUGCACAGAAGUUUGAUUAUGGGUCCAGGAAUUUUCUUUUGUUACGUCUAUAUGACCAUGAGUGUACACAAGUCAAUUCAGGUUAUCUUAACUAAACAACUGUUGCACCUUUGUAACAAAUCAUCUCAUGCUAAGUAAAGGUUUAUUCUCCAAAGAUUGGUUUCAACUUAAUCCAGAGCAUCAUGGAGUAUUUUUGUACUCUUGAAAUGUUUCAGUUUAGUGUAUAGUACUUGCGUUUCAAAAUAACCUGACCUUGCAAUGUCUUUCAUUAUUGUUUCUAUACGUUCAAAUUUAUCAACAUAAUUAAGAAACCUAUAAGUUAAUCUGCAUAACACUUAUUUCCGAGCUGAAUCUUAUAAA